CUACAGCCCUACACCAUAACAACAUCCAUAACAAGAUCAAAGUGUGGAAAUGACAUUAAAUCAGCUCUUAAUCCUAGCUGAAUGAAUGUAAAUAAUUUUUGGAUUAACACGCUACUAUUUGGCAAAAUAGUACAGGAAGUGAUUGUUAAGAAUUUUACAACUUUAAAAUAUUAAUGAAAUGGAGUUGUAUCUUGGAGAAUCUGUUGAUCAACUCAAUUUGAAAGCUGAGUUACCAUCUGACAAGUUCAAGUUAACCAACCCAAGAUUACUUACAGGAACCGCUGUCAAACUAUAUAAUCAAGCUGUUGAGUUGCGAGACAAGGGAGAUGCCGAGUUGAGUUAUGUUAGCUUCAUGAAAUAUUUGAAUUUGGUCAACACAAUCAGAAAAAGUUCUGACUACAGAAAAGAUGAAAAAUACUACAAUAAUUUACUUGGAGCGAAAAAUGUAAAAAAUGCCAUUGAGAAUGCCGAAAAACUUCAGAAAGAUCUUCAAAGAAGGUAUGAAGACAGAGCUGAAGAAGCAAUUAUCAGAGAAAAAUUUGAACAACUUGAAACCAGAGAAAAACUAGAAAAAGAAGCCAAAGAGAGGCAUGCUGAAGAAAAGACUAAGGCAAUUACAGUUGAAACUCUUACCACAAAUCUUUCUGGACUUGAUGGUGAUUUCAUAUCAUCAUGGCAGCUUGAAGCUAUGAUCAAACAGAAGUCAACGUCUUUUAUCAUAUUUGAUGUCCGAUCUAAAGAAGAUUUUAUGAUUUCUCGCAUAAAACAUCCUAGCUGUGUUAGCAUUCCAGAAGAUGCAGUAAAACCUGGAUUAUCUGCUGCAGCGUUGUACAAAACUCUGCCUUUAGACGCCAGAGUGGAUUGGCCCAAGCGGUUAACUGUAGAUGUGAUAGUUUUGGUUGAUUGGUUUGGUGAAAGUCUUCCCGGGUCGGCAAUUUUUGCUCUCAAAGAGAUAUUAACUAAAUGGGAUCCAAGUUCAACAUAUAAUGGUGUCAUCAAGCAGUUAAGCAAAGGAUAUGAUGAUUGGUUAUCUAGGUUUCCAAUGCAAACAACGAACCCCCAUGCUACCGCUUUUGUGAAAGAGACUCCGGUGGAAGAUUUUAGUCCAGAUGAUAUCGAAUACCCUGAUUUUGAUGAAGCGAUGAGACCGCCAACCAUUGAAAUGAGUACUCCCUCUCAGCCCCUCAUCAAUAGAACAACUAAGCCUGCAAUAGAAAUAAAGAAAAUUGAAGAAAUACCGAUGGAUCAACCAGUUACUUAUCCGGUACCUCUACCAAGAUCAACCAUUCCAAAAAUGCCUUCCAUUGAAAAAGAGAGUGACAAAAUAAUAACUGAGCCAUCACCCGUAAAUCGUGUCGGUCCCGUUCCAAAAGUUGACCGAAAUUUGAAGAUAAAUGCCAUGGUAAAAUACCUUCAAGAUGAGGAAACGUUGGUCGAGAAACACUUAGCAAUGACAGUAAAUCAAUUGGAAAAAGAGAAAGAAUGGGACAAAAUAAGAAGUGAAAGAGAAGCUUCUGCAAACAAUGAAAUCACUAAUCAGUUGCAAGAACGAGAGAAACAAAUGCUUGAGAUGUUUAACAAAAUGGAAAAUGAUAACAAACAGCAGGAAUUAGAGAUUGCUCGUCUCCGCAAGCAGGUGGAGACUAUUCGAACUGCAAUGGAAAACAAAACGAAGCCGGAUGCGGAAGAAAAUCAAAUUCAGGCUCGCAUCAACGAGAAGGAAGUCAAACAAGCAGCAAUGAAUCGGGAGGUUGAAAGACUUCGAGAGCUACGUAAAGAUAAAGAAAAAGCUCGCGAGAAAGAAAAGGAAGAGCGUGAAAAAGACGAGGAAUUAAAGAGAAAUAUGCAACGAUUGAAGGACGAUCAAGCUAGGAAAAACGAAGAUUUGAAGAAAAAGAGAGAGGAAGAAAAUAAACGCGAGGAGGAAAAAAGAAGGCUGGAACACCAGCAGAGGCAAAUUCCAAAAGAACUGAAAAUUGACAGAUUAAAAGAUGAGCCAUCAUCCGGAUUCGGUUUGGGUUCGAAAAUGAACCGAUCUCAUUCAACACCAGAUUUAGCUCAGGCAUUACAGAAGGAAUCAGAACAAGGAUUGAAAAAUCUCAGAGUUGACCGUGAGUUAAAACCGCUAACUACGAAUCGAACUCGCAUCAUUCCAAGGCCAGACUUGAAAAAUCGUAACUUUAAUCCCGUCUAUGGAACGAUGGGCCGCGGUCUGACUGGCCUGAAAAAUUUAGGCAACACCUGUUACAUGAAUUCUAUUCUGCAGUGCAUAUCCAAUAGCAUGCUUCUUACGAAUUUCUUCAUUGAAGGCUCCUAUCGGAAUUAUCUAAAUACCAACAAUAAGCAAACCCGAGGUGAAAUCUCUGACGAAGUGUCUUCUACUUUGAAUGCUCUCUGGAGCGGCCAGUACCGCUCAAUUUCAUGCAAGGACCUCAAAAAUGCAGUCGGGCGCUACAAAUCAUCUUUUCGCGGUUACGAGCAGCAAGACUCGCACGAGUUUCUCACAAUCCUCGUCGACUGGUUGCACGAAGAGUUGAAUGAGAUUCGCAUUAAGAGACCGUUGAAAGAACAAAACAACUAUGGUAUUCCCGAUGAGAAGGCUGCUGCUAUGGCUUGGGAAGACUAUACUGAUUCAAAUAAAUCUGUCAUCGUCAAACUCUUUGCUGGCCAACAGAGAUCUUGCUUACGAUGCGCCGUCUGUUGCAAGGAAUCGGUGACGUUCGAGCCGUUUUUCAACCUGUCGCUUCCCAUUCCUCCAUCCAACAGUCAGUGCAGUAUCAUGGAGUGCUUUCAGCUCUAUACGAAACCAGAACAGAUCAGCGGGUGGUCUUGCCCAUUUUGUAAGAAUAAGAAAGGAGCCAGCAAAACUAUCGACAUCUGGGAAGUGCCUCCCGUUCUAGUUGUCCAUCUUCAAAGGUUUUACAAUGACGGCAUAUGGAGGAAGAGAUUAAAUAUGGUCGAUUUUAAUUUGAACGAUCUGGAUUUGCAAGGUGUCGUGAAAAGCAAAAAGUCCCUCUACACUGGGUACAAACUCUAUGCCGUAUCCAAUCAUUAUGGAACAAUGGAUGCUGGUCACUACACGGCCUAUUGCAAGAAUGCCGAGUACAACAAAUGGUUCAAAUUUGACGACCAGGAUGUGAUGGAAAUUAGCGGCAACGAGGUCCGUUCUGCAGCUGCGUAUAUUUUAUUUUACACUGCGAUAGAUUACCAAGCCCCUCCUGUUAUGCAAGACUGAACGCGAAAUUUUUCCCAUAUUUUGCUUGACUAGCGCAUCCUCUAAUUGUUGACGCAUUGUGAUUACUCCGCCCCCUCUUUUUUCGGUUUUGUUUACUUUCUCCGCCAGUGCUUUUUUGAUUCGUUUCUUUUGAAAUUUGAAAGUUUUUUCCAGUAUGCUCUGCAGGUCUUUUCGUGUUUCUUUCGGCCUAGUCAUUGCUCUGGCCGUGGCAAUACUAUGUAACAUUUACUUGGUUUUCCUUCUGUGGACGGGUGGAGGACCGCAAAGCGAUUAUCAUUAUGAAUUUACUGUUCCUCCCAUUAUCUCUCAGGAGGCUCCAAUAAAGAUAAAAGAUUCUG